CCCGGGGCGGAUGGCUUGGGCCGCCCGGCUCCGCGGCGCGGCCCCGCGCGCCCUCCUGCUCCCGCUGCUGCUGCUGCUGCUCCCGCCGCCGCCGCUGCUGGCCCGGGCCCCGCGGUCGCCGGAUGCCCACCGCCGCCACCCAGUGAGAAGGGGUCCACAGCCCUGGCGUGAAGCUCCUCCCAGCAGCCCGGCAUCUGCCCCGACUGCUCAGGAGGCCCCUCAGCCUGCCGCCGGCCCCAGACCUCCCCGCUGCGGCGUGCCUGACCCGCUGGAUGGGCCGAGUGCCCACAACCGACAAAAGCGGUUCGUGCUGUCGGGCGGGCGCUGGGAAAAGACGGACCUCACCUACAGGAUCCUCCGGUUCCCAUGGCAGCUGGUGCGGGAACAGGUGCGGCAAACGGUGGCAGAGGCCCUACAGGUAUGGAGUGAUGUGACGCCACUCACCUUUACUGAGGUGCACGAGGGCCACGCUGACAUCAUGAUCGACUUCACCAGGUACUGGCAUGGGGACAACCUCCCAUUUGAUGGACCUGGGGGCAUCCUGGCCCACGCCUUCUUCCCCAAGACCCACCGAGAAGGGGAUGUCCACUUCGACUAUGACGAGACCUGGACAAUCGGGGACAACCAGGGCACAGACCUCCUGCAGGUGGCAGCCCACGAAUUUGGCCAUGUGCUCGGGCUGCAGCACACGACAGCUGCUAAGGCCCUCAUGUCCCCUUUCUACACCUUCCGAUACCCACUGAGCCUCAGCCCGGAUGACCGCAGGGGCAUCCAGCACCUCUACGGCCGGCCUCGACUAGCCCCCACCUCUAGGCCCCCAGACCUGGGCCCCGGGGCCGGGGUGGACACCAACGAGAUUGCACCACUGGAGCCAGAUGCCCCACCAGAUGCCUGCCAGGUCUCCUUUGAUGCGGUCGCCACCAUCCGCGGCGAACUCUUCUUCUUCAAGGCAGGCUUUGUAUGGCGGCUGCGCGGGGGCCAGCUGCAGCCCGGCUACCCUGCGCUGGCCUCGCGCCACUGGCAGGGGCUGCCCACCUCCGUGGAUGCAGCCUUUGAGGAUGCCCAGGGCCACAUCUGGUUCUUCCAAGGAGCUCAAUACUGGGUAUACGAUGGUGAGAAGCCAGUCCUGGGCCCCGCGCCCCUCUCUGAGCUGGGCCUACUGGGGUCCCUGGUCCACGCCGCCCUGGUCUGGGGCCCCGAGAAGAACAAGAUCUACUUCUUCCGAGGCGGAGACUACUGGCGCUUCCACCCCAGCACCCGCCGUGUGGACAGCCCUGUGCCCCGCCGGGCCACCGACUGGCGAGGGGUGCCCUCUGAGAUCGACGCUGCCUUCCAGGAUGCUGACGGCUAUGCCUACUUCCUGCGCGGCCGCCUCUACUGGAAGUUUGACCCUGUGAAGGUGAAGGCCCUGGAGGGCUUCCCCCGCCUCGUGGGCCCCGACUUCUUUGGGUGUACCGAGCCUGCCAAUACUUUCCGCUAACCAUGGCUUGGAUGUCCUCAGGGCCCCUAACCCCUGCCAGGACACUGACAUCGGCUGGAGACCACAGCCAUCUUUGUGGCUGUGGGCACUGGGUGCGGCACGGAGCCGUGCCUACUCGGGGGUGGGGGGGAGGCGGGCACUGCCAUCAGGACUGCAGGAAGGGCCGCGCGGGUCGUGGCCACUGCCAGUGACUGCCUCAGACUGGGCAGGGAGGCUCCGGCAUUAAGGGUGAGGGUGGCCUCAGGCCAGCUCCACCCAACCUGUGCUGGUCACAGUCAAACCCAGCUGCCUUGGGUCUCUGUCCCCAUCCUUCAGAGUAGCACCUCAGCAGGGCUGGGGGAGUUGGAGCCCUCACUGUCCUGGCUGUGGGGUAACACAGGGUGCUGGCAUGUGGGUCCCAGGGCACUGUGCCUUCUGUCUUUUCCUGAGAAGUCAGCUCUGGUAGGUGCUUGGAACUGGCUGCCUUCCAGUUGGUGGUUCUGGAGACCUGUUCCCCAGGAUCCAGGGCACAAGGGCCAGGCAGCUGGGGAGGGGGGUGCUUCCUGCCAGAGACCCUGGGACCUGGAGGCCCCAACAUACCUCAAUCCUAUCACGGGUCGGAUCCUCUCCAGCCCUCACCCCACACCAAGCCCUCCAAAGCCAUGUAAAUGUGUACAGUGUGUAUAAAGGCUUUUCUUUUUUUUUUUACUGAGGACUGUCAUUAAACAUGGUCAUUUUCUACCUGCC